UAUUAAGUUGGCAACAAUUUCUGGUAGAUAUUUCUGUUGGUUAUUGAACACAGAACUUUAUAAAACAGUCUAUCAAAUGUGCGUAAACGUAUGAAGAUAAAAUUUACAAAUCAAUUAGAAUAAAUCAAAAUGUAGAAUUAACAUCAAGGACUGUAAUGGUUUAAAUAAUACUUUGGAACGCGAUGAGUUCCAAAUAGGUUAGAAACAGUAAAUGACAGCUCAUGUAACUGAACUAAUUUCUAUUUAUUAUGUUAAACUGUAAUAUAUAAAAUUCUCAAAAUGAUGCAUUAUUCACCUUGGAUCCAUCAUCAAAUGAUGUUGGACAAUCAUCAAUGCUAUGUACCUUAUGUAUCUACCGUGCCAUCGUAUCCACAAAACAAUCAUGAGCAGCAGCAUGUCAUGGAAGAUGAAAAUGAACAAACUGCAGAUGAAACUCAUGAUACAAUGACCAGUGCUACAUCGGGAAAAGGCAGCUCGAAUGCUGAUAUAUUUAGAUUAGAAUUUGCUGCAGCACAAUGGUCAAAACUAGUCUCUAAUGCUGAGGGUCUUUUUAAUAAGCUCAUGACAAGUAACAUUCUACCUCACACGGAACAAGAUCAAAUUGAACAGUGGCUUUGCAUGAAACAAGAAUACGAAGAAUGCAUUGCUAAUGAUGAUACAGGUAGUUUACAUGGAUACAAUGAAAAUGCAAGGAGAUCGUUAGAAAGAAUUGAGGAAGUCACAGAAACAGAUGAAAAGACAGAUGAAUCUGUACAUAAAAUGGAAAGAAAGAUUGAUAUCAAUUGUUUAUCCAGUUCUGAAGGUGAACUGUCUGAAACUAAUGACGAUGAUGAUGUUGAUGUUGAUGAUGAGGAUGAUGAUGAAGAAGAAGAUGAAGAUGAAGAUCACAGCGAUGUGAGCUCAGAAAAUCCAGACUUCCUAGAAAAAUUAGACGAAUGUAUGAAUAAACUUAAAAUAGAAACAGAUAGAAUAGUUGAUUCUAAAAAGGAUGAAUUUAGAAGAACAGAUAUUGAACUCCUUUCAUCUAUAACAAGAUCUAUGAAUACUAAUAAUAAUUAUGUAUCUGCAAUCAAACCUGUUCCCCUUAGAAAUCCGAAUUCAAGAAGGAAUUCAAUGCUUCCUGGUUCGGAAAUGUGUAACGAAGUAUUAGCUUUUAAUGACAGUCUUAAACCUAAUCACAAUCAAAUAUUGAAUAAUAAAACAUUAGAGUUGAUUAAUACGAAAAUCUUAGAUAAUCGUGAACCUGAAACAAUAAUCAAUGAUAACGUUCCAAUUCAUAAUGAUAAUUCGCCGGAUUUAUUAAUCGAUGCUCUUAAAACAACUGAAGUACCGGAACCGAUAAAGGAAUUGAAAACCUUAGCAUUAAACAAUGAAGUAAAACAAACGCAGGUGAAGAAAAUUCAGUCUGAUCUUGACGGUGCCCAUAAGCGUAUAGAAGAGCUUCAAACGACGAUUAAAAUCAAAGAACGAUUCAUCGCGGAUAUGAUAAAGAAUUCCGAUGCGCGUGCCAGCGCGAAACAGAAAUUUCAACGUAAAUGGAGCAAAUUAGAAGAGGAAUAUUACAAUACAAGGACUCAAUUAGCUCAAGCGGAAAAUGCAUCUAUUUACAAGGACUCCGAGGAGAAAUCUGCCCAUAAGAAAGAAAUUGAACUGUACAAAAAUAUGGCAAUUCAUUAUGAAAAGAGAUUAAUGGACAUUGAAAUGAUAAAGCAGAUCGCUGGUGAUUCGGCUAAGAAGGUCUUAGAACUCGAAGGUUCCUUGAACACUUCUAAGAAACAAAUGGAGAAGCUGAAGAAACAAUUGAAGAAAGAGGAAGAACGUAAGAAGCAAUUGGAGGAGGAACUUGCAGGGGAUCAAAAGAAAAUUCGUGAACUGGAAGAGAAGUAUAAUUUAACUGCUUCUAAAUUGAAAGAAAUGCAGUCCGAGAGUGAAGAUGAAAAGAACAAUAAAUCAAGGACAGAUUACUCUGAUAAAAAGAAGAAUCUACUGGAUGUUAGCGCUAGAAUAUCGCAUCUUGAUCACGUUUUGAAAGAGAAGUCGAUGGAUCUCGAGAGGACAGCGGACAUAGAUGAAAAAGAGGCGUUGCGACAUGAGAUUCGAAAUUUAAGACGCACCAGGGAUUGUUUAGUAGAUGAGAAAUGCGAUCUGGAUGAGAAAUUUCAAAAGGAGAAAACUUUGUCAACGGUAGAGGAGCGGAAAUUAUUAGAAUGCGGAGAGACUAUCGAAGCUAUCGAUGCCAUGAUCGAGCACAAAAACGAAAUGAUCUGCGGGAGAAAGGGUUUCGACGAGAAUCAGUCACAACGAGAAAAAGGGGAAAGAAUGCUGAUGGAAAGACUGGCGAAACUUUCGGACGGUGAAAUGAGAACAUUGUUCUACAAGUAUUUCUUGAAAGUGAUCGAUUUGAAAGAGAGCUCGAAGAAUUUGGAGGUUCAAACGGCAGAAUUGGAGAAUCAUAUAGAAACUCAGGAAUGGCAGAUACAAACGUUGACGAACGCUUUGAAACAAACCAAACUUGAAGCUGAGAGAAGAAUAGUUUUGAUGCAGAGGGAACACGAGGAGAAGUUGCACCUCAUGUUCAGACACUUUGCGGAGGAGACAAGUAGCUCUGGUCACGAGAGAUUAGACAAGGAUUCGGAGCUCGCCAAAUAUAAACGUGAAAACAAAACGUUAAAGAAACGAUUGGCAGAUGUUGAGGCUCUACUGAAAGGUCCGACACCACCGCGCACAGCUAGUCCGGCAAAAAUAUCUCAGCAAGGAAAACAAGUUCCUCCGAGCAGUCGUCCGACAACCAAAGUAACCAGACAGCGGAAUAAACUCAUAAUACAGAAAACCACUGACUGCGAUAAAAAGAAGAAAUGAAUUUACUUCUUUCUACGUUUCUCUUUAAUUAGCAUUUAUUUUUCUGUACAUAUGUUACUGGUAAAGUGUGAAAAAUCAUAAUGAUUUUAAAUUAUUAAUUCAUACUCUUCCUAGAUUGAUUUUAACCCGGGUAGCGUAUACAUAAUUUAUGCAUUGCCGGUAACGUAUGUAUUUUUAUUUUUGUACAGUAUUUAAAUAUUAUUUUACUGAUAGUAAUUUAACAAAAUACACAGCUACUGUGUACUGUCAUGAAAUUUUCUUAUGCAGGAAAUAAGCAUUUUUAUGUUUUUCAAAAAUGGAACCUCGUAGUAACGAUUUAGUCUAAUUAAGAUUCAUUCUCGUACAGAUUACUGAUCAGUAUUCGUUUGAUAAUCUUAGAAGAAGCUCGAUGUACGAUUCGUAGUAUACUAAUGAAACUUAAGGAUAUUGAAUCUCAAUCAAAAUAGCAUUUGCAUGUUUCCCUGGACCUCGAAAAUGUUAUUUAAAUAGUUCUUCAAAUAAGUAUUGCAAGUGUUAACAAUCAAUAAAACGUAACUCUAAGUAUUUAAAUGAAACAUCACAAGUUCAUGACAUUUUAGUAGUACCAUUUUAAGAUGUAUCUCACAUUUGGUAGGUGAAAAACGAGCACGAUGUCGAAUAAUUUGUAUAACAUCCCAUUCAUUGACUUCCAGCAAAUAAUUUAUUGCAAUUUUGUAAAUAAAUCGAUAAUAUGUUAAA